AAACAUCAUCGUUAACAACGAGAGGCACCCAAACAACAAAUCAAUUCUUCGAUUUCAUCGAAGCUCUCUUUAAAAUUUUCUAAUUUACUUCAAAAUCCCAUUUCUCCAAUUCCCAAGUUUUCAUCAAAGAAACUCAGUUCGCAUUUUUUUUUUCAAAUUAUUAUUAGUUGUUUAAAGCUUGGGAUACAAUGGAGUUAGCCCUGAACAUUUCGUCUCCGCUAAUAUUUCCCACAAAUUCAACACCAAAAUUGAAAAAAAUUAACAAAAUUUCUUAUGGUUUCGGAUCCAAUGGAUCCUACCCGACCUCUAAAAUCUGCGCUGUUUGUUCCAAUGGCUCUGUUUCAUCAUCAUCUUCUUCUCAUGGGGCUGAGGCAAGGGCAGUGGGAGAUGCACACAGACGAAGAAGCAGUCUCGAAUCACUAUUUUGUUAUGACAAACCUAUCCCCGAGGAGCGAAUUGAAGAACCGGUUGGGGUAUCGUUGGCUGAAAAAUUAGUUGGAGAUAACCCCCGUUGCGCUGAUUGUCAGGCCAAAGGUGCUGUCCUUUGUACCACAUGCUCUGGUUCAGGAUUAUAUGUGGACUCAAUACUAGAGAGCCAGGGUAUCAUUGUCAAAGUCCGCUGCCUAGGUUGCGGAGGAAGUGGUAAUAUAAUGUGCUUGGAAUGUGGUGGCCGAGGUCAUCUAGGAUCCGAAUAACUCGAUGGAUUCUUAACUCUUUGGAAAAAUUGUUUUAGCCUUUUUAUGUAGUGUUUGCACACUGGAAUUUCAUUUCUUCUAGUCAUGUAAUUCAUGAUAAAAUAAAUUCAAUAAUGUAAUUUGAUUUGUGCCA